GAAACGUUCAUUUAAGGUUACAAAAGGUAACAAAGAUGUCACACAUUUGUAUAAUUACCGUUCUAUUUCCUGUCUUAAUCAUUUAUUCUGCUGGAUAUAAAAUUCAAUACACUGGACAAAAUGGGAACCAUGCAAAGUUUCAUCAAAACUUAAAGCAUUUAUUCGGAAGAAGUACAAGAAGCGCACCUGGCAAUAUUUGUUGUGCGUAUGGGCAAUGGGAAGCAAAUGCAUAUAUAAUUGCAAGUACAAAAUUGACUCUCGAGAAUAUAACAAUGAUUGUUUAUUACAAUGGAACAGGGAAAAUUGCCUUUGAUGAAACAAAUAAAAAAUCUUACAUUAGUUUUAAUGUAACAGAAUUUGCCCCAGGAUCAACAAAACAUGACUAUAAAACAUCGACGGAUAUCAAAGACUUUGCAACGGGAAUUACAUAUGACAUAGAUGGCGACAGUUGUUUUAAGGAGCCAAAUUCAGCGGACAUGCAAAUAGUUUGUGUUCCAGGGAAUGCAACAAUGAUGUCGAAGGGUUUGUUUAAUGGCGUAGACGUAACAACAUAUCAGAUCAAGUACAGUACCCCACCAUUGGAGGUUCUUACAACACCAACAGUUCGACAAAACGGUAGUUAUUGUGAGACGAUCAUGUUCUCCUAUGCCAUGUUCUCAGAUGAUACAAUUGAAGAAUCAGUGUAUGAUGUUGAUGUCGUAGAUAUCACUCCGGGAAUAAAAGAUCCAUCUAUAUUCGUGCCUCCUAAAGAUUGCAACUAGUUGGGUUAUUGGAACACGUCGACGAUUAUGCAUAAUAAUCUCGGAUUAAAUACGGAUUGAAAGUAGUUAUAUCACGUGAUUUUAGAUGUUUACAAAAAGAGGGUGUUAUCUUUGUACAGUGUAUAUCAAAUGUACGUAUUUGACAUCCAAAGGAAAAAAGUCUAUUUUGGUAAAAUUGUGAUUGAAAAAUAGCUGACUUAUAAAUAAUCAAUUUUCAAACGCCCACUUAUGUACAUUUCUUUCCUAAUCCGAAUAAUGUCAACAAGUAUAUAUUUUGUACUUUGGGUUUCUUUAACAAUAA